GUAUAACGUUCAUGUUAAUUUAAUAAUCUUAGAACCUUACAAGGGUUUCACAAAACACCUACUUUUGUAAAUGUUUUUUUUUGAAUAAAAAUAUGUUUAGAUGAAUAAAAAAAAUGAAGUGUGUGGCCAAGAAUAGUUUUUAUGAGUAAAGUGGUGAACACAUUAAAUGGGUCUAAUGUUUAAAACUCAGAGAGCCAAGGUGCGUGAGGAGUCACAAUAUUUACCUUUGGAGGCGCAGAGUUGUAGGAAUGGGGUAUUUAAUAGCUCUGAUAGCUCAAAUGAUCAUUCUGAAUAUUUUGAAACAAGUGGGUGUCACACUAAAAAAGAAAGAUGUUAUUCUAAAUGGUCGCCCAUGGAAGAAGGAGUGACCUUAGCAUGGAACGACUUAACAGUACAAGCUAAACAUAAGUACAAUGGAAGGAGAGGUUAUAAAAGGAUAAUAAAUAGUGUUACUGGAGCUUUAAAGGCUGGAAGCUUGGCAGCGUUAAUGGGAGCAAGUGGUGCAGGAAAAAGUACGCUAAUGUCAGCUCUUGCCUACAGACAAACAGGAGAUAUGCAAGUGGAAGGCGACAUAUUGAUAAAUGGCAGGCCUAUUGGAAGUUAUAUGAAAUAUAUGAGCGGUUACAUGCCCCAGGAGGACCUAUUCGUCGGAUCUCUUACUGUUUUGGAACAUAUGAGCAUCAUGGCUAAUUUGAAGCUGGAUAGAACUAUUUCUAGGGAAGAGAAAAAUUUGAAAAUUAAGCUCAUUUUAAAUCAGCUGGGGUUAACCAAAUGUAUCGAUACUAGGAUAGGAGCUGUUGGUCAGAGAAAAGGUUUAUCUGGGGGAGAAAAAAAACGAUUGGCAUUUGCCACUGAGCUUUUAACAGACCCACCAAUCCUAUUCUGUGACGAACCAACCACAGGCUUGGACUCGUACUCAGCCCAAAAACUCGUGAGCAUUAUGAGCAAAAUGUCCAUGACGGGAAAAACCAUUUUAUGCACGAUACAUCAGCCCUCUCAAGCGGUUUUCGAAAUGUUUACUCAACUGAUCUUAGUUGCUGAUGGUCGAAUUGCUUAUAUGGGCAACAGGGCUGAAGCUACCGAUUUCUUUGAAGAUUUAGGGCUUAUUUGUCCCUCAUCCUACAGUCCAGCAGAUUUCUUUAUAAAAACUCUAGCUUGUGCUCCAGGAUAUGAGAACAAUAGUAAAAUGGCGGUGAAGAGGAUUUGCGACCGGUUCGCUGUCAGUGAUUAUGCCAAAGAAGUGGAUGUUGUAGUUCAAUAUGAGUUUCAUAUGGGACGAGCAGAGCCCCGGGAGUUUGAGCUUAGGAAUAAUUUCAAGGCACCAUUCUGGUGGCAACAACUCUUUUGGCUCACCUACAGAUGGACCAAAGAGGCCAUACGAAAUCCUUCAGUACAAAGCAUGCGUAUUUUGCAAAGAGUUGCCAUUGCACUAAUAGUAGGUCUCUCGUAUUAUGGUACAAAUGCCCACACCCAAAAUGGCAUACAAGCAGUCCAGGGUGCCAUAUUUAUAUUUGUAUGUGAAAACACCUUCAAUCCAAUGUACUCAAUACUGGCAGAAUUUCCAGAUAAUCUGCCGAUACUUUUAAAGGAGAAUAGAAGUGGACUGUAUCAUCCUGUCACUUAUUAUGCCUCUAGGAUUAUUGCAUUACUGCCAGGAUUUACUAUAGAACCAAUAAUUUUCACGUUGAUUGCAUAUUGGUUGGCUGGCCUACGGCCAACCACUUAUGCAUUUUUUAUGACUGCAUUUAUCACUAUGUUGACCACAAAUAUCUCUUCAGCAUGUGGUAUAAUGUUUUCAAGUGCAUUUGAUUCAGUACCAACAGCGAUGGCCUAUCUAGUUCCUUUUGAUUAUAUUCUUAUGGUUACUGCAGGGUUAUUUGUAAAGAGGGGCACUAUCCCUCCAAUUAUAGGAUGGACAAGGUAUUUGUCUUGGUUGAUGUACUCUACAGAAUCUAUCAGUAUUAUUCAAUGGCAGGGAAUUAAUAAUAUAACCUGCGAUAACCGUCAAGAUCCAAGCUUACCAUGUGUAACUGACGGAACGGCAGUCCUGGAUAAAUACACUUUUUCCGAAGCUAAUCUGAUAUGCGACAUCUGGAACAUGGUCUUUCUGCUAAUCGCUUUCCAUAUACUCGGAUGCGUGUUUCUUUGGUGGAAAACAAGAAAAGCGUAGACAAAAGAAAAGUAGAACUUCGAGCCGACUAAGAACCGUGCUCUGGCUUUAUCCGUGAGCGUUUUUAUGUGCGGUAAUUUCUUUAUUUUCUCACGGUUUGUUGAUAAGUGGAUUUUUUUAAAUGUAUUUUUAUUGUAUGGAUGUAAUAAAGUAAUUUGAUGUUU